GUGAUCAAAUGAAGACACUGCUUUUUGAUGAGGAUAAGGUAGCCGAGGGACGGUGCUUCUAGUCUUUUUUUUUUUUUGUGGUAGAAGCAGAUUAACGAUCAAGACAGGAAGGGCCAGGUUUAGAGAAACAGGAAAAGUGACUUAAGGAAAUGGGCGACGUCAGAAGCCAGCCCACUGCACACAGUCUGCUAAAAGGCAGAUUCAGAACCAGCGCAAUUAUGGAGUCUUCGCUCUGGUCACCAAUGAAACUAAUCCUUUUGACAGCAUGGCUCUCCAGUAUGAUGGACCCCUGCCGAUUGUCUGACAUUUGUGAUUCUUGCCACAAACUCGCAACAUGCAGAGCUUUGAAUGGCUCGGACGAGGCUUGCUUUUGUCGCCAUGGAUAUACCGGAGAUGGGACGACGUUUUGCAAUGAUGACAAUGAAUGCCAGAAUGUGACAAACAUCUGCGGCAACAAAGGCAACUGCACCAAUACAAUGGGUAGUUACUACUGUACGUGUUUGCCUGGUUACAUUUCAACUGGGCAGCCCAAGUUCCAGACGAAUGAUGGCACUGAAUGCAGAGACAUUGAUGAAUGUGAGGCAGGACAGGCAUGCGGACCGAACUCACACUGCCACAAUAUCAAUGGAUCUUUCUAUUGCACUUGUCAGCGUGAUUACAUCCCAACUUCUGGCACGAAGCAUUUUCAUCCAGAGCAAGGUGCAAGAUGUAAAGAUCAUCCCCAAAAACACUGCCAUGACAACAUUGGGUGCAUCACACAGACUGUCAAUAAAACACUUGAAUAUAUGAGUAACCUGACUGAGCCCCUAAGCCUACUGAAUGAAAUUGCUCAGCAGUCGUCCGGGGAUCUGACCUCUGUGGAAGUGAUUGCGUAUGUCGAGGCCUUGAGCCGGUCCACGUCGUUGCUGGCCAGAGGAGGAAAGGAUCAGCCUGUCAAACCAGCUGUUGUCCACUCAACUCUCACAAAAUUAGCAAAAGUGGUCAACAACUUGGUAGAGAAGGAUGAGCUGGUGGCGUGGAGCAGGAUUGAAGAGGAGCGCCGGGAACGAACAGUCACCAAGCUGCUGCACACUGUUGAAGAAAGUGCUCUUGCUUUGGCUCACAGCCUCCAAACUCCCAAUGAACUUCAAAUUAAAGACACGCAAAUGGAAAUGAACCUGUUCACUUUUGAUGCCAAUCACAAAAAAGACGUAUUGUCAUCCACCAUGGGCGGGAACAUCAUGACACUCACUCCAAAGAUGAGACCAAAGGAGGGCACUAAUGAGAGCGUGUCAGUGGUGUUUGUGCGAUAUGACAGCAUAGGAGACAUCCUGAAGCCGAGCAUCGACCCGGGUGUCACAGACUACUCGCGCUAUGCAGAAACAGGGGAAAUCACUGUCAAUUCCCAAGUGGUGGCAGCGGCCAUCAAACCUGCUGACGUCUACCAGCUUGACCAUGUCAUCUUCACUCUCAGGCACGUUGAGCCCGUCGACCUCAAAACCGACGUGACCAAAUGUGCCUUCUGGGAGUACACAACUGACAGCCUGCUGGGUCACUGGGCCACGCACGGCUGCGAGAUCGUGCACGUCAGUAGCAAUGCGACCACGUGCACCUGCAACCACCUCACACAUUUUGCCAUCCUCAUGUCCUCGGGGCGAGCCAAUUUUGUCGCCCACCAAAUCAUCCUGACCCGCAUCACCCAGCUGGGGAUGAUCAUCUCCAUCAUCUGUUUGUCCAUGUGCAUUUUCACCUUCUGGUUCUUCAGCGAGAUCCAGAGCACCAGGACUACCAUUCACAAGAACCUGUGCUGCAGUCUCUUCAUGGCCGAGUUCAUCUUCCUGGUGGGGAUCAACAUGAACACACACAAGCUCUUUUGCUCAGUUAUUGCGGGGCUGCUGCACUAUUUCUUCCUGGCGGCCUUUGCUUGGAUGUGCAUCGAGGGCAUCCAUCUGUACUUAAUAGUGGUUGGCGUCAUCUACAACAAAGGCUUCCUGCACCGUAACUUUUACAUUUUCGGUUAUGGAAGCCCGGCAGUGGUCGUGGCCAUCUCAGCCACUCUCGGUUCCAAGUAUUAUGGCACUGAUAAAAUGUGUUGGCUGAGCACAGAGAACCACUUCAUAUGGAGCUUUAUUGGACCUGCCUGUUUGAUCAUUCUAGUGAAUCUGCUGGCCUUUGGAGUGAUCAUCUACAAAGUGUACCGACACACGGUGGUGAAGAAGCCUGAAAUAAGCCACUAUGAAAACAUCAGGUCAUGUGCCCGUGGUGCCAUAGCGCUGCUCUUCGUGCUGGGUGCCACGUGGACCUUCGGAGUGCUGCACAUCCUCUAUGAGAACACGCUCACAGCGUAUCUGUUCACAAUCACCAACGCCUUCCAGGGCAUGUUCAUCUUCAUCUUCCUCUGCGUGCUCUCCAGAAAGAUUCAAGAGGAGUACUACAGGCUUUUUAAAAAUGUGGCAUGCUGUUUUGAAUGCCUGAGAUGAAUUCAUUAAAUGAAUGCAAGCACCAGAUUAACUUGAACAACAUUCCAAACUAUACUAUAAACAGAUGUUAAGUGAAUGUGAAGUCUUUUAAAAAUCUCUCAUUCCAUACAUUGUGGUGUAUAUUUUGUUAUUUUGUGUUUCAAUGCAUGCAAUAAACAAUGUCCAUUCAUAAAACCAGUUCUUCUGAGAGUAACCCUGCAAUCCACCUUUACCUUUUUAUUUUGUUUUAAUUUAAUGCCUGUCAUACUUUAAAGAACAGAAUGGUCUCGCACUUGACCCACUCUUGUGACUAAAUGUUAAAUUAAUAAUAAAAAUAAAUC